AGCGUAUGCAAUGAGACGAACAGAGCAGCACGGGAGCUUUUCUUAUAUAAGGAUAUAUCUGAGUGAAGUAGGGAGUCUGCUCGAAAUCAAAGGGAGAUGGAAUUGUGUGGUGAAAAGAGCAAGAUUCUGAUAUUUGGUGGCACUGGCUAUCUUGGUCAGUACAUGGUGAAGGCAAGCGUUUCCUUGGGUCAUCCCACCUAUGCCUACACCCGCCCUCUCACCCCCAACUCCUCCUCCACCUCCAAGCUCCAGCUUCUCAAGGAGUUUGAAUCCAUGGGGGUCACCAUAUUCUAUGGGGAGCUGGACGACCAUGAAAAGCUAGUUUCAGUCCUUCGACAGGUUGAAGUUGUGAUCUCCACUCUGGCAGUCCCCCAACAUCUUGACCAACUCAAAAUAAUAAGUGCCAUCAAAGAAGCUGGCACCAUUAAGAGGUUUGUUCCAUCGGAAUAUGGGAAUGAAGUGGACAGGUCAAGUGCACUUCCACCCUUCGAAGCUUUACUAGCUAACAAAAGGAAGAUCAGAAGGGCAGCAGAAGCAGCUGGACUCUCAUACACUUACGUUGCAGGGAAUUCAUUUUUAGCAUACUUUGUAGACUAUCUGCUUCACCCACACGAUGAGAACAAAAAUGAAGUUGUGGUUUACGGAAGUGGCGAAGCCAAGGUUGCCUUCAACUACGAGGGAGAUGUUGCAGCCUACACCGUAAAGGCAGCCACGGAUCCAAGGGUAGCCAAUCGCGUCAUCAUCUACAGACCACCAAAUAAUAUUGUAACUCAGUUGCAACUGAUUUCUGCAUGGGAGAAAAAGAGUGGUCGAUCCUUCAAGAGAGUUCAUGUGCCCGAGGAAGAAGUCAUAAAGCUCUCUGAGACUUUACCUUACCCGGACAAUAUUCCGGUGGCGGUUUUACACAACAUAUUCAUCAAAGGAGAUCAAAUGAGCUAUGAACUGACAGAACAAGAUUUGGAGGCAUCAAAGCUAUAUCCUGACUACGAGUACACUACAGUGGAUAAGUAUCUGGAUAUGUGCGUGGUUAACCCUCCUCAACCCAAAUUAGCAGCAUUUGCGUGAUCAUUUCACCUAUGUGAUCAAACCCCUCUUUGGAUGCUUAAUUUGGUCCUAUGCAUAUAUAUAUAUAUAUAUAUAUAUAUAUAUAUAUAUAUAUAUAUUUCUAAUAUUAUUGCGACGUAAUAAUGAUCAAUAAUUAAUCUAUGAUUAUAUAUGUACUGAUUAAAUAGCCGUCAUUCUAGAAAAUAAGAAUGAGGUGAGAUAUUUGGGUAUUAAUGGGCAUAAAAUGGUAGAAAAGUUCCCAAUUGCUUGCCGCAC